UCCACACUUUCAUCCCUUACCUUAUCUCUCUUUCCCUCCAACAAAACCAAAGUGAAACCAAUCAAAUAACACUGCUCCUCCAUCAUCACCAGUUUAACAGAUUUAGUAUUGGUCCAAUGGCUAGCAAAUUGGCUUUAACUCUAACACCCCAUCGUUUCCUAAAUGGCCAUAUACAAAAACCACUGGUUUCUUUCUCUUCUUCUACCAGGGUUCUAUCAAAUGGAAAGCAGCUCUGUUGUCGACACAGAUUGUUCGUACUUCCCAUCAAGGCUGCUGCUGACCAACAAGGCCAGGUGGAAGAAGAUAAUGUUGUUGAUAGUAAAAUUCUGCCAUACUGUAGUAUAGACAAGAAAGAGAAGAAGUCAUUGGGUGAAAUGGAGCAAGAGUUUCUUCAAGCUCUGCAGGCAUUCUAUUAUGAAGGAAAAGCUAUUAUGUCAAAUGAGGAAUUCGAUAAUCUCAAGGAAGAACUAACGUGGGAAGGAAGCAGUGUUGUUAUGCUAAGUUCUGAUGAGCAGAAAUUUUUGGAAGCUUCAAUGGCUUAUGUAUCUGGGAAACCAAUUUUGAGUGAUGAAGAAUUUGAUGAUUUGAAGCUGGGGCUAAAGAUGGAAGGAAGCGAAAUUGUGGUUGAGGGUCCACGAUGCAGUCUCCGUAGUAGAAAGGUGUACAGUGACCUAUCUGUUGACUAUUUGAAGAUGGUCCUCUUGAACGUCCCAGCGACUGUGGUUGCCCUGGGACUGUUUUUCUUCUUAGAUGAUCUGACUGGAUUUGAAAUAACAUAUGUUUUGGAGCUCCCAAAACCGUUCAGUUUCAUUUUUACUUGGUUUGCUGCUGUGCCUUUGAUAGUUUGGUUAGCUCAAUCCCUCACAAAAUUGGUUGUCAAAGACUCUCUAAUCCUAAAAGGUCUUUGCCCGAACUGUGGUACUGAGAAUGUCUCCUUCUUUGGCACCAUACUAUCCAUCUCCAAUGGUGGAACCACCAAUACACUUAAAUGUUCAAAUUGUGGAACCCCAUUGGAGUAUAAUUCAAAAACACGGUUGAUUACUUUGCCAGAAGGAACCCAAGCUUGAUUUCGAGACAAUGUAAUUCCCAGUUUUAAACAGGACUGGCCAUGGAUGCGGGACGAGUUACUUGCAGGGAACCACAUCAUUUGCAGCACAGGAGGAAUAAGUUUUGAUAUGUGCUUCAUUGUAGAAUGUAUAUUUGUUUGUAAGCCAUGUAGUAAUAUAUUUUAUACCUAUAACAAGCAUGUUCGACAGAAAGACAAGUGAACAAGCUGUGAAAAUCUUAUAUUCAAUAUAUAUGCCCAAAACAAAAAAGGUAUAUUUAUACUA